AUGUCAGGACAAGUGAUAGAACGUAAGACAUCCCCACCAGAUGUUUCGAGUACUCAGAGGCUUUCGGCAAUGAUCGAUUCUCUUCAUGAUAUACAGUCUAAUGAGGACUUAUUGCAACUUUCAAAUCAACAACCAAGCAGUGAAGAAUCCCUAAGGGCGCCAAAUAGAAGUUCAUUUAUGCCACCUUCAGUGAGCUCUUUUUCACCUUAUCAAGGUUCAAGUUCAGUUUCAGAUUACUCUGGGGUAGUUAAUCAAGCCAUGGAAGUGAUACGGGUAAAUAAUAAUCAAGUGAAUACAGUCCAACCAUUGAAUAUACAUGAAACAAUUUCUAAUCUUGCAUUAAACCAAAAUGAUAUUGAUAAUAUAGAGAUGACUUCUUCUAGUGAUAGUGAUGAAGAUAAAAAACCUUUAUUACCGAAUUUUCCAACAGAAGAUGAUCUAAGGAAGACAAGUUACGCUUCCAGGUUACCAACAUUCAUCACUGAAAGAAGUAAUACACCUGUGGCUACAAUAACUGAUUCUCCAGAUAAGAGCACUAUUACUUCAAAUGGUUCACAAGAAAAUAGGAGUAUACCUUCACGUCUCAAUUUAGAGAAAGAAAGAAAUCAAACAGGUUCAGAUUCUGGUUCAGAUGACGAGGUUGAUGUAGAGAAAACAGAAAGGGAAUUAAUAUCAUUAAAUAUUCGUGAUCCGAAUCAUUUACAUUAUAAGGAAUCAAGUAUUAACGAUAUUGAUAACACAGAUAUAAUCGAGGUGAGUGACCACAGUUCUAUUACUUCAAGUAUAGGGGAAUCAUUGAAUGAAGAUGGAGUCAAUAAAAAAGAUGAAAUAGUAACAGAUAAGAAUAACGUAAUUACGUCCCCUAUAGUACCACCAAGAAGUAAAGAUAGGCCUAGAGCGAAUAGAAUACCGACAGAGAAAAGAGUUAUUGAGGCUCAACAGGAGGAAGCAUUAAAACUACAACAACCUCAUCCAAAUAGCCACAAGUCUCUAACAUCAUUUCAAAGUACCACAAACAAAUCAGAGAGUUAUUACUCUGCAGCUAGCUUCCUACCUGAAGAUGAUGGCGAAGGAAUAGACAAUUUAUCUAUUCAUGACCCACAACAAUUUACAGCAAUGAGUAAACCGGUUACGGUCGUUAAACCGUUGGGUCAAUUCUCUAAGGAAGAAUUAUUCGGGGAUACACCAUCAAAAAUGCAUACAGUUGAUCUUGAUAAUAUCUAUGAAGAUAUACAUCCAGCAACGCUACCUCCAAAGAAGGUGAAGUCUAGCGUAAUUCAAAUAUCAGCAAAAGCGCAAAAGAAACUUAAAAAGAAUAAAAAGAAAACAAAAGAAAUGAGAGAUUUCAAUGUCGAAACCAUUAACGAGUUAUUGAAUGUUACAAAGGGUACUUUAGUUGGUUCAGAAUUUUCAAACCUUGGGAUGAAAAUAGAAGAAAAAAGAUUGUUGGAAAGAUUAGUCGAUUCGCUAUCCAGAUUAACAGCAGAUAUGAUAUUGGAACCAAACCGCUAUGAUGAAGGUUUAAGAAGAAUAAACAAGGCCACUAGGGCUCUUGAGGGCUUUGUUGAGGAAUAG